CUUUUCAAGGUAAAGAAGAACCCAGAGCGACGUGAAAAAUGAAAGCAACUCAUAGGGCGGAAACAAGGAAGUAAACUUUGGUCACCACCAAAAUACUGUCGUGUUUGUUCAAGGCAUUUUGUUGAUGGGGAACCGACGACUCUACAAAAUCCACUGCCAACCCUUCAUCUUGGUUAUGACGAUGCUUCGAAACGGGUAAAGCGGAUGAACCAGUUCGAAGCUACAAAACACAUGCCUAAACAAAAGCGGUGCAAAAUCUUUGCGGAUGAACCUGCGGAACCAGAAUUCACUGCUACACCAAUCUAUGAAGAUCCAGAAAUUCCUCAAUUGACACAAGCACUUUUGUCAUUUCCACCUCUUUUAGUUCUUAUUACAGUCAUCCUUGUUAUGUUUAACUUUCUAAUAAUUCAGUACCAAACUAUUCAAAAACAGAAGCAAGAAAUUCAAAGAUUAAAAGAUACCAUUCAAAAACACUGAAAUCAUAUGAACUCAGAACAACUGCUGGUGUGUGACAAAGAUGUCCAGUUUUACACUGGCUUGUCAACUAAAUCUAUCUUCAACAAGCUACACUCAUUUAUAAGUCCCUUUGUGAAUAGGAGAUGGACUGGUGUCACAUCUAUGAUAAAGAAUGUUCGAAAAUUUAAAGCUAAAUCACGCUAUGGGCCAGACAGGAAAUUGACCUCAAAAUGUGAAUUUUUGUUGAUGUUAAUGAAAAUCAGGUUAGGACUACUUAAUGCAGACCUUGCAAAACGCUUCAACAUUUUGGAAUGUCUUGUUUCAAGAAUUUUCCUUGCAUGGUUGCGGGCAUCUAGCUUAGCUCUUAAAGCUAUGGUGUAUCUGCCUGAUGAAGAGACCCUGAUAGCAACAAAACCAGAGCGCUUCCGUAAACUGUCAUCCCUACAUUCAAUAAUAGACUGCACAGAGUUAUUCAUAGAGACCCCCAAAGACUUGUACCUACAAAGUGCAACUUGGAGUAAUUAUAAACACCAUAACACUUUAAAACUGCUUGUGGCCUGCUCUCCGAACAGUUCCAUCAUUUUCAUAUCCAAGGCAUACCUUGGACGAGUGUCGGAUAAGGCCAUAACAUUGGAUUUGAACUAUUUGGACCUCAUCCCGAUGCACUGCAUGGUUAUGGCAGACAAGGUAUUUAACAUACAGGGAGAGUGCGCCUCCAGAAAUAUAUCACUGUAUGUACCACCCGGGCGGAGAGGAACAUCUCAGAUGCCUAGUGACUGUCAGAAAAACUAA